CGUUUGAUCCGCUCGCCGCCAGCAGGUUCGGAGCAUGUCAGAGAUCUAAAGAGGAGGGCAUCUGGUAGCUGUUAAAUACAACUGCAGUUGUUUUUAAGCGAAGCUUCAAGGAGCUACUGAGAUGUGGAUUACACGGGAAUAGGUGGACUACAGUUUGGUGCUCCUCCACUCAUUAUGAACAUUCCGCUCAACGAAACCGGCCCCGCCACCAACAGCGGCUACCACUGUAAAUUCCAGGAGGAUUUCAAAUACAUCUUGCUUCCAGUCAGCUACGCCUUGGUGUUCGUGGUGGGCCUGGCUCUGAACGCCACAGCCCUGUUUGUGAUGGUCUUCAGGACUAAAAAAUGGAAAGCCUCCACGGUCUACAUGUUCAACCUGACCACCUGCGACACUCUCUACGUCCUCACGCUGCCGUUCCUCAUCUACUACUACGCCGAUGAAAACGACUGGCCCUUCAGUGAGCCGCUGUGCAAGAUCAUUCGCUUCCUGUUCUAUGCCAACCUCUACGGGUCCAUUCUUUUUCUGAGCUGCAUCAGCCUGCAUCGCUUUGUUGGCAUCUGCUACCCGGUCCGCUCUCUCUACUGGGUCAGUGCCCGUCGGGCCAAGCUGGUGUCAGUGGCUGUCUGGGCCUGUGUCCUGCUCUGCCAGGCUCCCAUCCUCUACUUCUCAAGAACCAGGGACGUGGACACGGAGAGGAUUUGCUACGACACGACCAGCCCCGAGCUCUUCGACGACUUCUUGGUGUACAGCUCGGCCGUGUCGGUGGUGAUGUUUGCCCUGCCCUUCAUGGUGGUGAUGGUCUGCUACGGCCUGAUGGUCAGGAAGCUUCUGGAGCCCGGCUGGGGCUCUGACGGAGGAGCUGAGGGAGAGAGGGGACGACAAUCGGCACAGAAAUACAAGCAGAAAUCAGUGAAGAUGAUCAUCAUUGUUCUGGCGGCAUUCAUGCUCUGCUUCCUCCCCUUCCACCUCACCAGAAGUCUCUACUACUCUUUCAGAUACCUAAAGCAGAUGGACCCUUCACAGAUAAGCUGUAAAAUGCUGGAAGGCUCCAGUAUCGCCUAUAAAGUCACCCGUCCCUUCGCCAGUGCCAACAGCUGCGUGGAUCCCAUCCUGUACUUCCUGGCCGGACGCGACACACGCAGCAACCUCACCAAGACAGUCAAGUCAAAACUACUGGCGCGGAAAUUUGUGACGCAGUCAACAGAACUUUGAGCGCCAUCCUAAACUCGCUGUCACAGGGGGAUCAUGGGACAUACCCGUGCCAGAAUGGAGACCAAACUCGUACAAGCUCAAACAGACAAACAUUUUUUUGUUCGCCCAAAAUGGUUGUUCAGCACCUAAAGCUGUCUACACACGCCAACGUACAACUGAUCCUCACCACUGCAACGUCACAGUCGGAUGCAAAUGAAAACAGUGGGAGCUGAAGGACCUGGACUGAAGAAUCCAACAGGUAUAACAGUAUCACCUUACAUCAUUCUUCAAUCAUGGUUUUUCUAGUCAUGUGCUGGUGAGGCUUCAAUAUACUGUUGCCGUUGUAAGUGCGCAGUAGGUGGCGCCACUGAUAGUGUGAGGUUUCGUCGAACUGGUUGUUCAAAUCCAAAGAUUUUGGAGCAAACAGUGCCAUCUAGUGGGCUCUGAAAAUAAGGACACUGUUUCAUGAAGCCUCAUUGUGUAGAACAGAGCAGGGACGGUGGCAGUGAGCAGGCUGAAGGACCCAGGUGAGACAGCAGCAACACAAUGAGAUCUAAAUCAUUUCAAAUGAAAAUGUCACGAGUAAACAGCUUAAAUAAGGAAUUCAGAGGACACCUCGGUUUCAAUAUCCAAGUACUGCAAUGAACAUGAAACGUCAUGGUCAUUCAUGGCCCCGGGCUCAGAAGAACUCCCACCACUCCAAUAUUGCACAGACCAUGUGUGGCAGAGUGGAAGGUCAAAAUGAAUCUUGUUUACCUGAUUCAACAUGGUCACUUCGAAACAGCAGAGAAACACCAAUGCUGUUGUGAGUGUGACGCUUCUGAACUAAAACGACGGAAAGAAACGGGGGAAAAAAAGAUGUCUUAAUAUAUUGAAGCCUUUUCAAGUGUCAAUGUUUGAAGGAAAU